ACCUACCCCACUUCCUCCUUGUUCGACUAUCCAUCCUACCUCUCUCCCGAGUUCCCCGCCCUUCACGCACGUACUCUCGAGCGGGUGGAUGCGAAUGGAAGGGAGUAAAAUCGAUGGAGGGCGCCAUACGGAGGUUUCUUCCACAGCGUGCAGACAUCGACAGACCGACAAAUCCGCUGCUGCGCGUGCGUACGCAUGCGCAUUGGUGAACCCGUCACUUCCUGCGAUACGCUUCUGCGUAACCGUUAAGACGUCGGGCUUUCGAAAUUCAUCCUGAUGCGAGCUGGACCUUCAGUUGCUAUGGUUGCCUAGGAAGAGAGACAAGUCCGUGUGUUGUGUGUAGCUCGUAGUCAGGUUCGUGUCGUCCUAGCAUCCGAGCUUUAACCGAGUCUCGUCGUGAAGCCACGCACGUCGGGGAAUACCUGUCGCCGGUCUUCAACGAUCGGCAGCUGCUGAGAGCGAGGGCUUUGAUCGGAAAGCGGACUGAUGAACAUCAGGCUGAAACGAAAAUGGAGAUGUACAGAUAAGUACACCGAACGUGAUACGGCAGGUGUUCGCUGCUCACGUAUCUACGCCUAACCUUUGACCUCCACCUGGCCUGAGGAAUCAUGCUGCUCGUGUACUUCACGUUGUUGACUGUCGCAAGGCUGGGGAAUGCGCAGUCGCAGUGCCUGACUGUCAUGCACGCGUCCGACCUGCGCCAGUGCUUCCGGAUGAGAGACAUCAAGUAUGUAGUCGUGCACCAGCAGGACGACGUCAUCGACACUAGCCUCAGCAUCGAGGGCUUUCUCUACGACCCGGCACUGACAUGCGCAUCGCAGCAAAAAUUCGCAGAGUUGUUCGACUGCCUGAGUGGGGCGACCACCAAGUGCUUUACUGAAGACCUCCACAAGUUUGUCCCUGACUCCACACUGACGGAGCAAGGUCUCAACUACUUGUGUCAGCACGUUGAUGACAUAGACAAGGACUGUUACAAUCAGACCUACGAUGAGGUCUUUGCCUGCGUCCGAGAACUGUCGAGGGAGGUUAUAAAAGGGGCCGACGAUAUCUUCACUAAAGCUUGCACGACUGUGGACAUCACUCACGACUGCAUCAAGGCAAAGGUUCUGUGCGGGGCCAGGACACAAGAAAUUCUCCUCAAGUUUCAGGACGAACACCGGAAACCGGUCGGCUGUCCUGCGCCUGCGCGACAUGGCCGGAAGUUGUACAUAACCACAGGGGGCAGCACCACUGCCUGCGUGUCCACUUUUUUGCUCAUAUUUUUGGGCCUGUUUGCUACCCUGGCAGACGAUGAAUUAUAAUGUCUCGCAGUGAUAGCUAUACCUGUCGUACAUUUUGCUAGCGAUCUUCACGAGACAGUUAUUAAUUUCUGUGUCGAGGUUUGGUUAAUUCUGCCAAAAACUUAAUCGUGUUAUUAAGAGCGAGUCGAAGGACAAUCUGCAAGUUUUAGCACUCACUUGUAAGCAGAGGUUGUUUUUUUUUUUUUUUUUUUUUUUUGCCAUAUUCUGCAUUAAAAAAAAACAACAACAAAGCUAUUCUAUUCUAGAGUUGUCCAUUUUUUAUGAAUUGAUUGACUCGUUUCAUUGACUUAUUCGUUCGAUUGAUCGAUUGUUCACUAAUUUGAUCAGCCUGGUCGAGGUUCGGUGGAAUACAGGCAUACCUCAGUUUUACGCCUGUUCAGGACAGUGAAACGAACUCACCAGAAGCUCCUGAACUCUUUUCACCAAAGAGUCACUCGAGCGUUGUGAACGAGCUAGCAAACUGAAUACUCAUCACUCAUCAGUGACCCUGUGUAUGACCUGCACAGGAAAUACUUUGUGCGCCAUCUGUCUGCCGCUCGAGUUUCUGUCAUUCUCUUUCUUGUCAAUUCACGCAAUGUUAUUGUUGUCUGUCAGAAGUUUACGAAUGAUUGGGUUUAAAUUUUGAGGAUAGCAGUAAAUCAUGUCCAUUCACUGUUUUGUAUUAUUUGAAUACAAAUCCUGGAUUACCAACGAUAAUUAUAUGUACAUAAAAUUGCUGUAUGUAUACAUGUAUGCGCGUGUAUCAUUUUCUGCUUUGAAUGUUUACACUUGCAACACUUUGUACGAAAACUAGGAAUAUUUUUCAUCCUCGUUUUCGAGCCUACACUUAAACUGCGGUUUAAUGACACCUGCUUACGACUGCUACACAGGUGUGCUUAAACAUACAUAAAGCUACAUAUAUACCUGUGUUGAAGAUGUCCAAUCCUCGAAUGUAUGUCAAUGAUUUCCGCAAAAGUAAAUGAAACUUUGAGUGUGCUUUAUUUAGGCAGCUUCUCUGUGUUUGAGCUGUGUAUGAUGAACAUGUGUGUUUGUGUGUUCAUGUGCUUGCAUGCUUGCUGUGCAUGUGUAAAUAUCCGUAUGUUUUUAUGAUUAUGUGUGCCUGUGUGUGUGAUCAGCUUGUAGGUUGGUAGCUGGUCACCAGAUAGCUCAGUACUGCUGUCACCUCCCUCGCUGAUGAAGAUCGAGAAUUUUAUUAUUAUUUAUCUCACUGACACUAUUGUGGAUGUGUCUCACAUGUUCAUAUCCAAUACUCCGCCAUUGCAAUAUGUGUUUAUAUGCAAUAUUUUAAUUCAAUUUAACACUUUAUUUUAUAAUCCCACUAGAUUUCUGUUGGGGAUGGGGGAAAGGAUUGCAACUAUGAAAAAAGCUGAGAAUUGAGAAUACAUCUUAACUGAAUAAUAAGAAAUAGUCGAGUUAUAUGAAAUAGGGUUCUAAUGUGUGAAUAAAGACACUGGCACAUUGUA